AUGUCGCAAUCCACUGCCUCUCCGUCAAUUCUCCAAGAGAUCUUACCUCUAAGCCCCGCCACGCGAAGACGAUACCUGAAAUUAUUAUCCCCCAGCGAUAAGAAAAGAUCAGAUAGGACCCGGCAAUGGGGAUCUUCGAUGAAACUAUCCUUUAACGAUACCAAAGCCAUCGAGCAACUUCCGUUCGUCCAGAAUACUCUUCACCAACCUGCGUCAUUCGAGAUCGAUCUCUCAGGAUUUACUGAUCCAGAGAGGGGCUCAAGCCUACCCGAGGACAUCAAAAGGCGAUUGCAAGAUAGUAAUAUCCUGUCGAAUUUCUCAAAUAUUGAGUUUAGUUUCCGGACUAGAUCGGAUGGAUCCAUCUUACCUCAACUAACUCGGACAUUACCAGAAUACUACAAAACCCCUGAAACGGAGAAUGGACGAUUGAUAAGCUUACCUGUCGAUAACAAGACUAAUGAAGGUAGGGAUCCGGACAACUAUACAUGGGAGACACUAAGUUUCACUUCUGAGGUUGAGAUUUGCGUUGAUGUCAAUUCGGAUAGGAACAAAGUCCUGCCGUGGUACGAUGAAGAGAGUACCAAAGAGACUGUGAGAAGCAUCCUGGGCGAUUGGAAGAGUAUACCGGCUGUCUCGAUUUGUCAUGUCAAGGCGACUACCUCCUGA